UAAGAUAGGUACGGUCAAAUGGAAUGCGUAAAUUUUUUAUGACAUUUAUUUGACAUAAGGAUUGAAACCAAGAUGUAGAAAAAUAGUGAACAGUGACACCAGAGCCGUGAUUAAAGUGUUAAUUAGGGAAUAUUCAUUUCAUUUAUUUUCGAUGGAUUGAUAAAAAAAUUGAUCAGAAAAUAAUCCGCCAACAUUAUCAAAAUCUUUCGGUCACGUAGGUUGCCUAGCUUCAUCCCAGGUAUCGCCCCUCGAAGGUAAAGAUCUUCAAUCAGCUCUCAUAAUAAUGAAUACGACUGCUGACAUCAUCCAUGAUACAGACGAAAGGAUCUCCAAACUGCAGUAUAUAAGACAGUGUCCUCGGUCUCUGGACAGUCAUACAAAGCCCACGACUUCAUGGGGCAGACGGAUAAGGACAAGCUCAUGAUCCUGGCUCUCGCUCUCCUGAAGGAUGCCAAGUUGAAGCUAAGACAGGUUUCUGGCAUCAAGGACGAGCAUGGUGUGAUGGUGGCGUUUGAUGUCGGAAUUAUUAUAGGCCAGAUCCGCGAGAAAUACAAACGAAUGCUGGAAACGUACCGCGACGCUCGCGACCGUUUCACCAACCGGACCCAACUCCAAGGCCCAGGAGUCAGGAAGUUCAGGCCUCUCCACUACAUCAUCAGCAUGGAGCUCGUGCACAUGCGGGAGGUGGAUAUCGACAAGCUCAUCCACGUGCUGGAGACGAUACCGAAGAAGGUCCUGGAGAAAGGAGCCAGGCCGUACUUCAAAGAUCGGGUCAAGAAUGAUACGUUGAGGAAUGGUGAUUUUGAAACAAAACUAGCGCUGCGGAUCAAGGAAGAAGAGUUGAAAAGCAAAUACCGAGACGAAUAUACGAUGAAGAGGCUUGGCAUUAACAAGACGGGGUGGGCGUGGGACAUCUACUCCAUAUCGUAGAGAGAAAUAAAAAAAUAAUAAAACAAUAUCAUAAUAA